GCUAAUGUUGAUAAUCACCACGCAAAUUGCUACAUUUUCCGGAUUCUUUUGCGUUCUAAUUGUUGAUUGCCUGUUCUUUUAUAUUGUGAGAAACUUUAUUUAAUUGAGUGCAAAGCGCCUUGUAAGUAUACGAGCUUCAUUUGAAUUGCAAAUUAUGUGUCGUUUGUGUAUUUGCAAAUUACGUACAUUCCAUUCGCACAAAUUCAAGACGCUUUCUCAAUCGCUGUAUUAAAACAAUAAAUUUACGUUGUUGUUUUUAGGUUCUUAAAGCCUCAUCUCGAGAAUUCUGGCGAAAACAACACGAUGAAAACGCUUUGUUGGCUUUUAGUCGUUUACAGCCAAGUAUUUUUGGCUUUAAGCGUUGAACGAAAGCCUUUAAACAAGCAUAUUCGUCAUUACGAACCGCUAAACUAUGCCGAAAGCGAUAUAAAAGAUUCGUUCAAAAAUGGACUCGAAACGAAGUCGUUAGAUUUCAAAUCUCACGGAAGGGAAUUCAAACUGCGUUUAGAACCGGACAGAGAUUCGUUUCAUCCUGGUUUAGAUCGACUAAACGAUGAGAUAAAAGAACAUUUAAACUCGGCGUUAGCAGGCUAUCUUGAAGACGAACCGAAUUCCGAAGCCUUCGGCUCGAUACGAAAUGGCAGAUUCGAGGGGACAAUAUUCACCAACGACGAAGAAUACACCGUACGGCCGGCAGAAAUGUAUUUUGAUGAACCUCAAGAAUUUCAUUCGGUUAUCUUUCGUUCGAAAGACGAAGACGAAAGCAUCAGGCGAAAAAGAAGUAUAUUUUCAAACGGUGAGCCCCGUUCGAUGAGACGCCGUCGAGAAACAAACGAGUUCGACGAACCAGAUGGAUUCGAUUUGUACAAGCAAGAAAAUAAUCAAAACCUGAGAAUUUGUAACAUUUCGAUCGAGUCGGACUACUUAUUCACAAAUGCUUUGGGAGGCACAGGCAGGGCCGUUGGCGAAAUGAUUUACUUAGUUCGGUUGGCUAACCGAAAGUUUGAAGAAAUGGCACAGUCACCGCUAUGGAAAGAGGCAAAACUAUUUACACUUCGUUUAAUGAUCGGGCAUAUUAUGGCCUACACCAAUGAAACAACACCUGAGGAAUUAAAACCCGAGAGUAUGGGUGUUUCAACUUUCCUCGAUUUUGUGUCCGAUCGAGACUACGAUGGCUACUGCCAGGCAUUCUUCCUCACUUAUCGAGACUUUGAGGGUGGUAUUACAGGUAUAGCAACUUGUCUAGUUUAAAUUGCAUUUCGUUGGAAAGGUUGUCUACAAGUAGAUUUUGGCCGGCAUUACUGGUUUGUUUCACCAUUGCUUUUACCCUUCCCCAGGGAUUGAUCCAAUCAGAUCUGACAGGAUGGGUGUACUCAUCAAGGCUCUAGUCUUGCUUGUGGCAAUUUUACAAUCCUGUUUCUAUCUCAUCUUGUCCAACCAAAAAUGGAUUUGAUAAGGAAAUUCUCCCCCCCCCCCUUGCACCCCAAGGCUAGGAUGAGUGCAUACACUGCCUCACCCCCUCCUAUUCUGCCCCCUCUCCAGUAACACUAUUCCUGUACUACCCCCAUACUUAGCACAAAGCCUAUUAGUUUUUAAUUAGUUUCCCUUCAAAAUUUUUGUUUUCCCUUCCUAUCCAAUUCAUGUUUUGCUGACUGGGAAAACAAUUUGUCGACUGGGGUACAAUUAUCUGUGGACUCCUGACCACUGGGGGGGGGGGGGUGUUCCACACCCAUACCCUCCUCUAGUGCCGCCCCUGGUUGUGGUUAUAGGUUUUUUCAUGUAGUUGUAUCUCUGACAUAGAAUCUCUCAAUCUGCAACAUUUUAAAUCCGGCAUUAUAUGCUUACAGGUCUAUCUUGGAGUGCUCAAGAUGAUGAAAGGGGUGGGGUCUGUCAAGCGAGGCGUUACUUUAUUCAAAUUAAUGAAAAUUUCAAUGUGCAAAAGCUAAAGAGUUACAACUCAGGUGUCAUAACAUACAAGUUUUAUGGAACCCUUAUCCCGCCGAAAAUGGGAGAAAUUGCAUUCCUCCGGCAAGUUGGGACGGCCUUUGGUGCACCGGUAAGUUGGUAACAGUUGUUUACAGGGAGCAGAGCUGGCUUCUGAGGCCAAGUGAAACUGUAUCCUUUUCCUAGUCCUAUAUGUGCAUG